UUGGAAGAAGAGGUAGACAAGUUGCGCUGGCAUAUUAUUGGUUUAUCCGAGGUCCGAAGAGAGGGAGAGGACACGGUAAUCCUCGAGUCGGGCAACUUGAUCUAUCACCGGGAGGACGACCAUCUGUCCCAAGAAGGUGUCGGAUUUAUCGUGCACAAGUCUCUCGUCAACAACGUUGUAAAGAUUGGGAGUGUGUCGACGAGGAUCGCGUACCUGAUACUCAGAAUCACCAAACUGUAUUCGCUGAAGGUCAUACAGGUUUACGUGGUGCGUACAUCGGCACAUAACGAUGAGGAGGUGGAGGAAAUGUAUGAGGAUAUUUCUAGAGCCAUGCAUUCCUCCAAAACCAACUACACGGUGUUGAUGGGAGACUUCAAAACAAAACUAGGCACAAGAGAAAGCGGUGAGCUGAAGUUAGGGAAAUUUGGAGUAGGGCAACGGAACCGUAGGGGCCAGCAGCUGGCCGACUUCAUGGACAAAGAGGGACUCUUUAUGAUGAACUCUUUUUUCCAGAAGCGGCCCCACAGGAAGUGGACCUGGUCGAGCCCCGACGGUUCGACAAAAAAUGAGAUUGAAUUCAUUAUGACGACCAGACGCCAACUAUUCAGUGAUAUCUUAGUAAUCGCAAGGGUGAAAACUGGCAGCGAUGACCGAAUGGUUAGACGCACACUGAACCUAAACGUUAAGUUAUAG